AUUUAAAUUUUGGCUCCAAUGCUGUAGAUGAUGGAGUCUUUUCCAAUACAAAAAACUGAAAAAGGGUCACAUCCUCUUUUCAGUACAGCCACCGUACAAAAGACAUCCAUUUUUUAAACGAAACGGUCGACAUCUCCCCGUGUCCUCUCUCCAUUACUCUGAACUGAAUCUCUCAAGAGAAGUGUGAGAGAGCUUUCUGAGUUCUGGGUUGCCAUCUGUAUUGGUUAUGGCAGUAGUUGAAGAAGAGAAAGUGAAGGUAAAGGAUGAAGUCCAGCAACUGAAGCAACGGACUUCAGAGAUGAAGAGGAAGCCAUCUGCUAAGAGAACGUGCCCACAGAUGAAAAGGCACUUGGAUCAUACCCAGAAGAUCAAGAAAGAAGUUUCUGAUGCUCAGCAGAAGGCCACAAGUUGCAAGAGAAUAAGGGUCAACACAGAUCAUAUCACCAAUGGUAAUGAGGCAAAAUCUUCUGUCAUGGAGAGAGCAGAGAAGGUUCAAAGGAAUCUGCCUUCUGAAAUCCCUAGCAUGAUUAAGUCUAUGCUACCAUCACAUGUUACAGGCGGUUUUUGGCUGGGUCUUCCUAAGAAAUUCUGCGAUGUGCAUUUGCCAAAGUAUGAUACUACAAUUAUUUUGGUGGAUAAAAGGGGGGCUGAAUAUAAGACAAAGUUUCUUGUGGGAAAGACAGGAUUGAGUGGUGGAUGGAGAGGAUUUUCAAUUGCUCAUAAUUUACUUGAAGGGGAUGUUUUGGUUUUUGGUCUGGUCAAACCUACCAAAUUCAUGGUAUACAUUGUGAGAACAAAUGGUUUCGAUGAAGUAGAUGGGGCUCCUCUUGUGCUUCUGAAUUUAGAGGCUUGUGUAAAACAAGAAGAUUUUGAUCUAGCAGGGGAGGAUAUCAAGAGAUGGAAAAAUGGAGAGGGGAAGUGUUUGAAGAAUUGUUUGCCAAACAGUCCUCAAGAGAAUCCUAAGAAGGAGAGCCUAUCAGUAUCAACUACUGAACUUGGCCUUGCAGCAUGUCAGUCAGAAAAUGACAGUGAUGGGCAUGGUUCAGAAGUCUUGGAGAGGAUUAGAUUCUCAGAAUCUGCUGUUGAUUUUAAAGAAGUGAAAAAAAUGGAAGAUUUCUCCAUUCUUGUGAAUGGUUUGAUCAUAAACUCUGAGUUUUCCAAACACCUCCAGACCAAGUACUAUGAGCUCUGCUGCAGUCAGAAAACUUAUCUUCAUGAUCAUCUUCUCGAUGGUCUCAACUAUAAGCUGGCUGCUGGAAUCAUUUCAGAGACUGUAAACAUUGCUGAUGCCAUUAGAGCUAGCAAGCUCACCACCUCUAGAGAUAAUUUUUCUAUUUGGAGCAAGACCCUAAAAGCCUUCCAGGAGUUGGGGAUGAAUGUCAGCUUCUUACGAGCUCGGUUAGACCAACUUAUGAGCUUUGGCUUUGUAGAAAACAGGAAGAGAGAAGCUAGGCUUGAAAGAGUUAGUGCAGAAGAGAAGAUAAGAGAUCUAGAAGGGAGUCUUCUGCAUGUAAAAGAAGUGAAAAAGAGGCUUGAUGCUGAAAUUGAGGCUCUGGAUUCGCCUGCUGCAGAGAAGCAUGAGUUCAUGUUCCAGGAACUAGCUAAAUCCUCAUGGUGAAGUUUGUCCAUUUCUUUUUGUGUCACACAUGUAUAGUUUCUUGCAGAAUUACACUUAAACUUGUCAGGAAUCUACAAUGGAAGAACCUGGAGAAUGUUUUUUUUUUUUUUUUUUUUCACCUUUGGAGCAUUUCCUUUUGACAUGAAAGGGAAGGCACUCAUGAACCUGGUAUUUUCCUUAUCAUCUUUAUCUACCAGGUCUUAUUUUUUGAAUAUUCAUUCAUUGGGGUGAUGAUGUUGCUCUAUUUUGUA